UUUGGUAUACGUGGCCAGGCCCGAGUGCUGACCGCCUGGUGGGGGUGACAAGGGCUCCCAUACUUGUGCCCAACUUGUUGAGUGUUGUGACUCGCUGGGAAAGCCCGCGAACCCGUGGCGACGACGAGCGAACUCCGAGGAUUCUCCCGCAGCCCUCCACCACAGGUUGAAGAAAUAUGGAAACCAACACGAAACUGGUCAUUGGUGUGAUGUGUGGCAGCUUUACCGUGUUUCAGUUUCUCUUCUACUUCAUAAGCUACUGGUUUUCAGCAAAAGUCUCUUCAGGUUAUAAUAGGCUUAGCACCGAAAAGAAGAUUGAAUGGAACUCAAGGGUAGUAUCUACAUGCCAUUCUUUGUUGGUUGGGAUUUUUGGCCUAUACCUCUUCUUAUUUGAUGAGGCUUCAAUAAGUGAUCCACUUUGGGGUGAUGCCACACUUGUGAAUGUGAAUAUCGCUACUGCUUCAGGCUACCUCAUUUCCGAUUUGGUGAUUAUCAUUUUGAAUUGGAAAGUGAUUGGUGACAAGUUUUUUAUAAUUCACCACUGUGCAGCCCUGAGCGCGUACUACUUCGUGUUGAGAGAUGGAGUGCUUGCCUACAUCGCCAAUUUUCGCCUGCUUGCGGAGCUUUCCAGCCCCUUUGUGAAUCAGCGGUGGUUCUUUGAAACUCUGAAAUACGCUAAGUUUUCCAAAGUCAAUGUCAUCAAUGGAAUACUUAUGACGGUGGUGUUUUUCAUCGUGCGGAUUGCUGCGAUACCUCCUUUGUAUUUCUUCAUUUACUCCGUGUAUGGAACAGACGCCUUCCGAAGGCUUGGACUUGUGAUCCAGUGCACCUGGAUCUCCACCUGUUUUGUGUUGGAUGUGAUGAAUGUCAUGUGGAUGAUCAAAAUUUCUAAAGGAUGCAUCAAAGUCAUCUCUCUCAUCAGACAAGAGAAAGCCAAAAAAAGUCUUCAGAAUGGAAAACUUGACUGAAGGUGUGCUCUGUCAAACACCUUUGUUUAGCUGCGCAAUCUUUAUUACUACCCGCAUUGUAUCUACUAAUAGGACAAGUUCCUGGCAUGUUCUUGUACUUCUUUACUAACUAUAAUUGUUAUUCAGGGCUUCAGUGUUUUCUUUCUUUCUUUUUUACGUUUAGGAAAGAUAAAGAAAAUAAAAUCUAGUUUUCAUUCUAAGAUUUCCUCUUUCCUUCUGCAUUAUAGCAUGGGUAAAAAAUUAAAGGUUGAAAUAAAAAUGACAUAGUGGUGAAACUUUUCAGAAGUCUCUUAGCACACAGUGCUGUUUUGCUGUGUGGGACGAUGACUGCCGAGCCGCCGCCUGAUUUGCGGAGAGGAGAGGAACGACGGGCAAGCUGUAAGCAGCUGCGCUUUGCCAUGCCGCCUCGUUUCAGUUUCUACAGGGUCAACAUGCUCUUUUUACCUGGCGAGUAAAUGACAUAUUUUUUUUUCAUUUCAGAUAUGCACUCAUCUAUUCACAAUGAAGACUUUUACUCACUUUGAGAAUAUUUCAUUAGCUUAGUCCUGGGAAAUAACUCCUGCAUUGCAAGAUUUUUUUUUUCAGAUGUCAUUUUAUUUUUAACACUUUAUCAAAUUAUUGCUUUUAUUUUUCAUGAGGCUUAAGAGAUAUCUGUCAUCUACACCGUCUUACAGGAUCAGUGUCUCCUAAAACUGCAUGUUGGCAGAUGAGUGCUUAUGUGGCACAAGCGCUCGCUCGGGACAGGCUUUAACUGCCGCUCCUUCUGCGUCCCUCGCCCCUUCUCUGUCUGCACAAUCUCCCAAGUUCAGGUCUUGUCACCAUCAGUGCCAGGCUUCUGCAGUAGAGGUGUGUGAGUGCCAUGUUCCUAAAGUGGGCCUCCGGUGGGUGAGACCUACCCCACAGUCAUCAGGAUUCAUGACCAGGCUGGCUUAGCCAGUGUUCUGAGUACUUUCCAUUCCUGCCUUGCCUACCGCACAGGGACAUAGGCACUUUCUCCACGUGUUCUGACUGCCAUCAAAUAUCGCCCCUAAGUGAAGACGAGUGAUUGGUUUUAUGUGUAUGUUUACUUUACUUUGGUUCUUGCAAUCCAAAUAUGGAAUUAUAAAAUUAUUAUUGCCUUUAUUUAUUUUUCUGAAGUACUUGAUUUUAAUGAUUGUUCUUUAAAAAAGAGAGAUUUAACUCAACUAGUGGUGAAUACUUGAACUUAAACCAAAAGAGCUAAUUAAUUUGGAUUCUUAUUUUGAAGGAGAGUGUUUGACUCACUGUCUUGGUUCAUAUGAUGAUGAAAGGAGGCUAGCUGAAUGUAACCAAGAUAUUUGAUUUAAUUUCCAAUACAAGUAAUCUGAUAGGUCCUAGUAUAUUCAAUAAUGAGAACUGAACUUUCAAUCAACUACAUGAAAAAAAUUGAUUGUCAUUGUACAUUUAGCUUUGAAGACAAAGUAAUGAAAAGAAAGAAGUUUGUUUUUAAAGCAGCUAAUGUUACUCUGAUAACCACUUAGUAAAUUUAAGGCUCCACAUCCUAGGCACUCAAAUAUGUGCUGGUUGUCUAGAGGGAAAAGGAGAGCAAUUGAUUGUACUCUGUUCCUGGGUCUUUUGCAAGCAUGGUGUUUUUUUUUUUUUUUAAAGAAAGGAAGACAUUUAUAUUAUAAAACUAUUUUGAAAAUUUAUUUAGAGAGAAAUAAAUUUUGAGAUCAAUAUUUUUGACGUUUUGGAUAUUGUUAUAGCUCUAAACACAAAGUUUUAAUCCCACCAUCAAAACACUGGCAAUAUGAAGUGAUGUUAGUGAAUUGGUAGUUGUUUCAUGCAUAAAAAUUCACUUUGGUUUUUACUCACAUUACUUUUCACUGAGUGGUAUAGUUCCUCAAUAACUAAGUAAAUUGGCAAUAUUGCAAUUUUAAACUAAGAUUUGUCAUGUCCUCAGUCAGCAGUCUUUUUCAGAAUUAGUAGUCAGAGGUCAUCUCUUUGCAUUUCUUCAUGCAGCAGACCUGAAAGGGAACGCCCCAAACUGCCAUGCUGCGUUAAGUCAGAUCAUUAUAGGAGCUGUAACUUGCUGUUCUGUGAUUGUACUUACUGACUUAAAAUGCAAAUAAAGACAGAACAUAUCAUUUGUUAAACAAUGAACUUUUCAUUUGUUGAGUGACAAAAUUUUGCUAGAUAUUUUAGGUAUUAAGUAUUUUGGCUACAUGGGUUCAUUUGAAUGAUUCUAUUAGGCAUUCUGAUAUUUAACAACUCUUCAAAUAUUUAUAGAAAAUAAAAGCAAAUUGGUAUAAAUUUAUAAGCAAUUCUAUUUUUCUAGAAAAGAUUAGUGACAAUCUGAAUGUGUAAUGUUCUAGAAAAUUAAAGUUCUUGUGAAACUUAAAAGUGAAUGAAAAUCAAGUGAUAGCAUGUAAGAUCAUAGAUCCAGCAUUAAAUAUUUGUGAGAAUUUUUAAAAAAUGAGCUUGGGUUUAUAGAGUUUGUGUCCUCAUGUCUUCAAUCUUUUAAAAAUUUGUUUGCAUUUAUUUAAACUUUAUAAUGGAGUCGGGUGUGGUGGUGCACACCUUUAAUCCCAGCACUCAGGAGGCAGAGGUAGGAGGAUCACUGUGAGUUCAAGGCCAGACUACAUAGUGAAUUCCAGGUCAGCCUGGGCUACAGUGAAACCCUACCUCCAAAACAACAACAACAAAAAUUUAUAAUGGAGUUAUAUAUGAAUACAAAGAAAUUUACUCAAGCUUAAUUACAGUAUGUUCAUUAAGUGUUUAUUCCUACUGUUAUGUUAUUUCAUUAGUCUAUGGUUAUGUGUGACCCAGUACUGUCUUAAAGGUCUAGUUUUAAAAUUGCCUAGUUUAUAUGUAUUUGAAUGAAAUUCUUUCCUAGCAAUUAAGAAUUUAUUUGACUCAAAUAAAGAUUUUGCUAAAGUGUCAGCUUUUAAAUUGCAUAUUUCCGCUGAGACAUUUGAAGACCAGUACUUCACUAUUUUUACUGUUGAGAGCAUUUUUUACGUGUUUGAAACAUCACCCUUGUGGAAAAGAGGGAAAAGUAUUGUUGGAAUGUACAUGUUUUUUUCCUUUUAUUUUCAAGGGAAAUAAACAUGUUCCCAAAGACCCUACUAACAUAAAUGUGUGGGUACAGAUAUGUAAAUAUGUAUCUUAACUGGCUUCAAGUUGGUUAGUCUGUUUUGUGAAUUUGAAAAGCCCACAUAGUUGUUGACAUUAAUAUUUCAUAGAAGCUGUGUAUGUUUAUGUUUUGGACACCAUCAAAAGGGAGCAUCUUAUUUUGCAGAAGAGUGGUGUGGUGUUUCUCAGCAGGCAUCAGCUAGCACACCGGUGACAACCUCCCAGCGUUCAGACUCUGAGUGCACACCCACCUCUCAGCCUUAUCCACAGCUGGCUUAAGUCAAGCUACUGAAGGCAGAUUUUGGUGCAAAGCACAUGUGCAGAGACAAGAAAAGCCCACAAACACUGGAGUUGGAAGAGAUAGCAAGACUGCUUUUCCUUCACAGAGGAUAGCUCUCCCUCCAGUUAGAAUGUUCUUUUGGCAACCUCCCCCCCCAAUCCAUCCCUUCCUUCUAUGACCCACAGAGAUCAUCAGCCAGCCUCCUCCCUUGUGUCAACAUUGUUCUAUGUCAACUUCUAAGAUGUCCUCUGUAAGUGUCUCAGUUUUAUGUGGCAAGUUUCAAAGUUUACAAAUAGGUUCUCUCAUUGCAAAACAAAAAAGCCUUGUAGGAAGUUUAAGGAAAGAUCAGUCAAACCACAAUUUAUGAAAAGGCUACAGGAAGCCAGUCAGCAUUUAAUAAUACCUGUUUACAACAUGAAGCAAAGCUAAUUAUGGCUUUAUUAAGAAACAUCUAUAAUUUUUUUCUCUUAAACUGGUUUAGCAAUAAGUUUUGUAAAGUGUUUCAGCUGAGGAUUUAUUGUAGGCUCGUAAAUUAUAUAAAUAUUCUCCCUAGACCCCAAGACAUCAGCGAGGAGGGAAAACUGAGCUGUGGAGGGGAAGGUCUGACUGAAUUAUUUUAGAGCCUGUUCAAUAGAACUGACUUUAUUGUAAUAUUUCUUUAAAACUUUAUUUAUUUAUUUAUUUGAGAGAGAGACACACACACACAGGAGAGAGAAUGGGCAUGCCAUGGCCUCCAGCCACUGCAAACAAACCCCAGAUGCAGGCACCA